AAGCCAGACCAAAAAGGCUUCUCCUCUUCCGCUCCGCUCACUGUUCGUCGUUGCUGCUCUCAGAAACCGGAUUUUCCGAUUCCUCUUGGCAGAUUGUACUGUCCGAUUCUUAUGAACUGGAGAUCCAAGCAAUGGCUUCCAUCGCUGAGCCCUUGGAGUCCUUCUUGAACGAUCGCUUCCAUGCCGUCGGAGUUGCGUUAUCGCCUAUUGAAUCCGGUGUUCGGCGAGCCGUCAUGGAUUUGGAAUCCCGAUUUCUGGAUUCUCGGAAUGCGUUGAGGAGGAAUGAAUUGAAGAAGAAACCUCCUGGCGUUGUUGCAUCGUCGGUGAUUACGGAUGGUGAGGGGAAGAUAUGCUUGAAGAAGGGGUUUGGUGGAUGCGGGAAGAUAGUGGGUAGAAUGAACUCAGAGGAAGAAGAAGGUUCGUGCUCUAGUUGUCUUGGAUUCGACGAUGCCUGGUCGAUUUUUUCCGGUAGGCUUCCGUUUAAAUCGAGUAAAAAGUGUUGUCAGAACUACGAAACAUUGCCUUCGAAGUUUGGACGGAAGGAAUUAAAAUGUGAGAUGGGUUCGUUGUCUGCGGACAAGACGACGGUCUCGGAUGCGAAGAAAGCGGAAGCGUUUUGGUUGGAGCGAAGUCUUUGCCUUGCGUUGGAAGCUUUCGUUAGUAGUUUUAAGGAGUUUAAUCAUCGUAUUAGGGGGAUUGGUGGGGAGAGGAACGAUCAAUCGGGCACAUUCAAGCCUUUGGCUUCUCAUGUUGACUUUCUGAAGAUAAUCAAAGGCAGGAAAGAAGAUUUCGACGGAUUUUUAUCCAAUAUAAGGUUCGCUAAGGUAGGACUGCAUUCAGGAUUUGUAGGGGAGCAUUCCUCUGUGAAGGAGGAGUGCGAUUUUUGCGGUUUAUCUGGAAAUAAGGAAGAGCCUACAAGUGUCGUAGUGCAGCCAAAAUUUCGAAAUGCUUUGAUUAGUAUACCACUAUCAAAUGUUGAGAGGCUAAAAUCGACGCUUUCAACUCUAUCCAUAGGAGAGUUGAUAGAACUUGUUCUUCAGCUGGGACGGACCUCUAAAGAUCAUCCAGACAAGAAAAAGCUGUUCUCUGUUCAGCACUUCUUCCAGUAUACAGAGGCAGAAGGAAGGAGAUUCUUUGAAGAAUUGGAUAGAGAUAGAGAUGGACAUGUAACUCUCGAAGACCUAGAAAUUGCAAUGAGAAAAAGAAGAUUACCAAAGAAGUAUGCUAGGGAAUUCUUCCGUCGCACUCGAGGACAUUUAUUUUCAAAAUCAAUAGGUUGGAAACAAUUUUUGUCCUUGAUGGAUCAGAGGGAACCAACUAUUCUUCGCGCUUAUACAACACUAUGUUUGAGCAAAUCUGGAACGCUUCAAAGGAACCAAAUCUUGACAUCUCUUAGAAGUGCUGGGCUUCCGGCAAAUGAAAAUAAUGCUGUUGCCAUGAUGCGGUAUCUUAAUGCAGAUAAAGAAGGAUCUAUAUCUUACAGUCAUUUCCGAAAUUUCAUGCUACUUCUUCCUAGAGAACGGCUUCAGGAUGAUCCCCGGAGUAUAUGGUUCGAAGCUGCUACUGUUUUUCCUGUUUCCCCACCUGUGGAUUUGGCAACUGAAAAUGUUUUGAAGUCUGCUUUGGCUGGAGGCCUCGCAUGUGCCAUGUCUACUUCAAUAAUGCAUCCACUUGAUACAAUGAAGACACGUGUACAAGCAUCCACUUUGUCAUUUCCUGAGCUUCUGGCAAGACUUCCACAAAUUGGGUUGCAAGGAUUAUACAGAGGUUCCAUCCCAGCAAUUCUUGGACAAUUUUCUAGUCAUGGAUUGAGAACUGGCAUCUUUGAAGCAAGCAAGCUUCUUUUGACAAAUGUUGCUCCUACCCUUCCAGAGAUUCAGGUGCAAUCUAUGGCAUCUUUUUGCAGCACUUUACUAGGAACUGCUGUUCGAAUUCCAUGCGAGGUAUUGAAACAACGACUGCAAGCAGGCCUCUUUGAUAAUGUAGGAGAGGCUAUUGUGGGUACCUUGCACCAAGAUGGCAUUAAAGGUUUCUUUCGGGGAACCGGUGCCACCCUUUGUCGUGAGGUUCCUUUCUAUGUGGCGGGCAUGGGUCUAUAUGCAGAGGCAAAGAAGACUGCACAGAACCUUCUUCGGCGCAACCUGGAGCCAUGGGAGACCAUUCUCGUCGGUGCACUCUCCGGCGGCCUCGCCGCCAUUGUCACUACGCCAUUCGACGUCAUGAAGACACGGAUGAUGACUUCAACUCCGGGCUUACCCGUGUCGAUGCAGGCCGUAGCCUUCACUGUUCUUCGUCAAGAGGGUCCUCUCGGGCUCUUCAAAGGAGCUGUGCCCAGGUUCUUCUGGAUAGCUCCUUUGGGCGCCAUGAAUUUUGCCGGAUAUGAACUGGCAAGGAAAUCAAUGGACAGGACUGAUGAGUGUAAAGCCACCAACAGCAGCAGCCAGUUGCAGAAGAGAAUGGCAUAAGCUGUUUGGGCAUUUACUGUAGUUAUUAUAGUUUAUCCACUUGUUUUGUAAGCAGAACUGGGUUCUUAGACUUUGUUUGGGAUGGCUUUGCUUUCUAAAGCAGCUUUUUAGUACAAUUUUUUUUUUUAAUUUUGUACUAGAAAGCUACUUUAAGAAGCAGUAAAAAAGCCGUCCCAAACGAAGCCUUACUCAUCCAUCCUCUUGAAAUGUAAAUAGAUUUUGCUCUCUGCAAAGGUUCAACUGCCAUUGUAGUUUUUGGCCCUCUUGUUGAUGUUGUACAAAUAUAGGGGAUUUUUUUGUUUU